AUGGCGAUCUCCACCUGGAGCGCGCGCCUUCUCCUCACCCCUGCUUCCUCCCGCGCCACCCUAUGUCCCCCUCGCCCUCCUGCCGCAAACCCCCUCUCGUCGUCCUACCCUCGCAACCGUCUCCACCUCGCGCGACCGCGCCUGCGCCCGCCGCGCGCCUACAUCUCCGCGCCGCCGCCGGGCCCCGAGGCCGCCUACGCGCCGCCCUCCCUCGACGCCGCGGCGGCGGCAGCCGAUGUCGCCGCCGCGAUCUCAUCCUCCGACGCCGUCACCUGGGCCGGCGUCUGGGCGCUGCUCUCGCGCCACAGGGCCCGCAUCGCGGUCUGCCUCGCCGCGCUCGUCGCCUGCACCGCCUGCACCCUCUCCAUGCCGCUCUUCUCAGGGAGGUUCUUCGAGACCCUGAUUGGGAGGGGGAAUGAGCCACUGUGGAGGCUCUUGUCCAAGAUCGCGGUGCUGUACACGCUGGAGCCCAUCUUCACCAUCAUAUUCGUGAUCAAUAUGACCAUCAUCUGGGAGCAGGUUAUGGCAAGGCUGCGGAGCCAGAUAUUUCGAAGGAUUCUGAUCCAAAAGAUGUUAUUUUUCGAUCGUCACAAGGUUGGUGAGUUGACUGGUUUGUUGACAUCUGAUUUGGGUUCCUUGAAGAGUAUUGUAAGUGAUAACAUAUCCAGAGAUCGUGGACUGAGGGCACUCUCUGAGAUCAUUGGUACACUUUGUAUACUUUUCACACUAUCAACUGAGCUAGCUCCAGUUCUUGGGCUCCUUAUGGUCUCCGUCUCCGUGCUAGUUGCUAUUUUCAAGAGGUCAACUGUUCCCACUUUUAAAUCUUAUGGAAUCUUGCAAGCACGCAUAUCAGAUUGUGCAUCAGAGACAUUUUCAGCUAUUCGUACUGUUCGGUCGUUUGGUGGUGAAAAACGACAAAUUUCUUUGUUUGACAAAUUGGCACGUGCUUACCAAAUUAGUGGCACAAAACUUGGAGUGCUGAAAUCUGCUAAUGAAUCAUUAACUCGAGUAGUCGUCUAUGUAUCCCUAAUGGCGCUUUACAUUCUUGGUGGCAGAAAAGUCAAUGCGGGCAAAUUAUCUGUUGGGACCAUGGUGUCUUUUAUUGGUUACACCUUCACAUUAACCUUUGCUGUUCAAGGAGCUGUUAAUACCCUUAGUGAUCUGCGUUCCACAUUGGCUUCCGUAGAGAGAAUAAAUUCUGUUCUUUCAGCGAAGGACAUUGAUGAUUCACUUGCGUAUGGUUUAGCCAAAGAACUUGAUGGCAAAGAGCUUGAUGAUUCCAAUGGAAUGUAUGAAAAUGGCUCUGUUAACAAACAUUUCAUGUCAGAGCUGAAAUCAUCCAGUAGCUGUAGUAAUCUAGCCUGGUCUGGUGACAUUCAUCUGAAAGAGAUCCAUUUCUCUUAUCCACUGAGAUCGGAUGUGGAGAUUUUAAAUGGCCUUGACCUUACAAUUGAGUGUGGAAAAGUCACAGCACUUGUCGGGCCUAGUGGUUCUGGGAAAAGCACAGUGGUGCAACUUCUAGCACGGUAUUAUGAGCCAACUCAAGGUUCCAUCACUGUCGCAGGAGAAGACAUCCGUGUAUUUGACAAAAGAGAAUGGUCUCGAGUAGUAUCUCUAGUGAAUCAGGAUCCGGUCCUAUUCUCCGUGUCUGUUGGAGAAAAUAUUGCUUAUGGUCUCCCAGAUGAUGUUGUCUCUAAGGAUGAGAUAAUAAAAGCUGCUAAAGCUGCCAAUGCUCAUGAAUUCAUCAUCUCUCUUCCACAGGGGUAUGACACUCUUGUUGGAGAGCGAGGUGGUCUCCUAAGUGGGGGACAAAGGCAGAGGAUUGCAAUUGCACGAGCCCUCUUGAAAAAUGCUCCUAUUCUAAUACUUGAUGAGGCUACUAGUGCACUGGACGCGACAAGUGAGCGGUUUGUGCAGGAAGCUCUCAAUCACUUGAUGAAGGGAAGGACUUCUCUGGUCAUUGCUCACAGGCUGAGUACCGUACAGAAUGCACAUCGAAUUGCUGUUUGCUCGGAGGGCAGGAUAACUGAGCUGGGGACGCACGGAGAACUGGUUGCUAAGGGGGCAGUUACGCAUCACUUGUCGGGACACAAAGACUUGCUUUCGAGUAAUGACACGUCAACCACCGAGGCACGUGCCUGGAUGGAGCCUUCCUGCGCCGUCCCGGAGAUGCGGUGGUCGUACCGGAGCAGGUGUGCCCUGCUCCGCCAUCGCCAUAGCCUUGCGCCGCUCGCUGGCCGCCUCGGAUGCGCCCUACUCCGCCGUUGCCAUGGCCUCGCGCCGCUCACUAGUGCCGGUGGGAGGAGGGGGCAAGAGUCUGGUGGGGCGUUAAGGGAUAAGUUUGGUAAAACAACCGAGCCCACGUCUCAACGUUUAAACGGGCUAUGUGGUAAGAGCCAACUAUCCUCUAUAGUCCUCCUCGGGAUAAGGGAUAAGUUUGGUAAGAGCCCACGUCAACCAGAUAUGUGGCGAAAAACAGAGGAGCCUCCGGUGACCGGCGACGACGUCUCCGGUGAGAAUCCCCCGCACAAAAGUAGGAGAUUCAAUUCGGGGCUCGACGCCGCUUCGAUCCACCGAGGUGGUGUGGUAUGGAGAGACAUCGAUACACUCUCGCUUUCGCGGGUGGUGCGGACUCGUUGGCGAGUCAGAGAUGGAGUUCCAUAUGCGGAGGCGGGGCAGUUCAACCAACCUCGUCGUAUGACCCAAUGGGAUCGUGGCAGGGAGCGGAAACAUGUUGAGGAUGAAAUCAAGAGGUCCCUGUUCAAAUCUUCGGAAUUAGAGUGUAUCGAAGAAGCAAAGCUUCGAGAAUCGGCGGAUGCUUUGGAAGCUGCCAUAGCUAGGAUAUCGUCCUUUCGGUGGGAAAGAGAGCGAGAGGUUGAAGACAAGUCCGAACAAGGAAAUGGGGCACCUAGUGGGCUGGCCCAGUCAGAGGUGGUGGGAGAGGCAUGGGAUUUUAGAGGGAUGAGGCAGGGAGAGGUGGUCGUGAUGGAGGAGGGUGUGAUGGCCAUGAUGGAUGGAGGGGUCGGGAUGGAUCAUAUAGAGAGGAUGAGUGGAAUAGGAAUUAGAACCAGAGGCAUUUUGAUGCUAGAGAUGGUGGAUAUAGGGGUUAUGACAGAGGGGGAAACUACUAUGAAGAUGAGAGAGUUGGUGGCAGGGGUUACAAGAGAAGGAAUGAUGAUGAUGAUGAUGUUUUAUAGCUUACAUGUGCCAAUUGAAGAAGAAAAUGUUGUCGAGAUGCCCAUUACUGCUGUUAUGAAAGUGUUGGAAGGAAAGGGCCCAAUGUCUAGAAUCACCACAGAACUCCAAUAUCUUCUCAAUCCCUCUUGGGACUGGCAGGUGAAGAGGAUUGCUGCUAAUGAAUAUAUGUCCAUGGUGCCUUCAGCUAAGGAUUUGGAGUUUCUCACCAGGUUUAGAGAGUUCAAGGGCAAGAUCACUGAUAUGACAGUCUCUGUUGAGAAAUCUGAUUUCAUGGUUGGUUGUUGUGACCUCCUCUCUCAGGUGGAUAAGAAAUCUCUGCCAGGGCUAGGUCCCAUAAGAUUAAAGGUAGCAUGCAGAGACCCAUCAUCUAUCAAAGGCUCAUCUAGAGUGUACUUCAAUGGAAGGGGUUUCCACAUCAGUUGGAACCUAGAAUCUAACAAGAAUUCCAAGAGGCCAGUGCCUACAAAUGACAUUGGGAAGAAGAAGGAUGAUGACGAGGCACGGGAGGAUGAUGGCGAUGAGGAUUCUGAUAGCUAUGAUCCCUGGGCAGAUCUUAGGAAGAAUUCACAAGAGCAACCCAAAGAGAUCCCUAAGUCUAGCAAACAAGGUAAGCAGAGAGGUGCUAAGUAG